GGGAGCCGGCCCCUUGGAGCCUCGGGCCCUGCAAUGGGACGUGUUCUCCUUUAAGAGUUAAGAAACUUGAAACCUUGUUUGCGCAACAAUCAGCGCCGCGGAGCCGCCAAAGUGUCUAGACUGGCAUAUGAUGGGAGGCAGCCAAUGACUCCGCGGCGCUCCUCCGGGGGCCCUCAGUGUGCGUUUGAGGAGAACAAAAAAGAGAGAGAGCGAGCCGAGCGGGGGAGCGAGAGAGGGAGCCGAGCCGAGAGAAAGAGCCGCCGGGCGCUGCCUCGCCAGACCUCGCUGGGACCUCGGGGCCACCGGGAGGCACUUUUUGUGGAGGGGGGAGGGGGACGACCUCUGCAGGCGAGGCGCCCGGGGCGUCCGAGCGCAGCGUAGGACUGGCUGCGACCUCUGCCUCUCUGCCUCGGUGGAUUGCAUUUUUAAUUAAGGAUUCCCAGCAACUCUUUGGGAUUUUUACAGUUUCCACUCAUGUGUUGACACCCGCCUUCAGGAGAAACUCGCUCCAAGUGCAUCCAGAGCCUGCGACCUGAGACGGAGUUGGCCUUUCAUGCAUGCAAUUCCAGGGAUUUUGGUUUUGUUUGGGUGUUUUACUUUGCUUUUUUUUCCCUUUUUUACUGGGAGUGAAAAGGAAGCUGAGGGUCUUGACAAGCCUGUCUUUCGGAUCCUGCAGGAAAGGCCGAUGUAGUUAAGCGUUUGGGUUUGAAAGGCAGAGAGCUUCCCAGACACAUUUUUUGGGGGGUGGGGGGGGCCGGCUAGCUAGAGCGUUUGCGCUCAUGGACCAGCCGGGCAACUUCUGAAAGCCCGCCCGCCCAUGCGGGGUCUCUCUGGCGGCGCGCCUCCCGCAGUCCCCCUAAAGCGCCGGGACCGGAGUCACUGAGCUGCCCGGCCGCGGGGUUCCAUGUAGCCGCUGGCCCGUCGCGGACUGCGGCUCGGCGCGCGCGUGUUCUUGCCGUCCCGCCCCGGCGAGCUCCCUCAUGUUGCAGCCCUGCGGCGCCCCUUCGACGACAGGCUGUGCGCGGUCUGCGCGGCGCCCGGUGGCGGAGCUUCAUGUGGGGCUGCGGCCCGCGCAGCCGGCGCCUCGCUGAGGAAACGGACCCCCGGUAAUCGGAGACCGCCGCCCCCCCACCCCCGGCGCCAAAGGAUAUCGUAUGUUCAGGUCCAAACGCUCGGGGCUGGUGCGGCGACUUUGGCGAAGUCGUGUGGUCCCCGACCGGGAGGACGGCGGCGGCGUCGGCGGCGGCGAGGAUGGGGGCUUGGGCGGCCGAGCGGAGCCGGCCCCGCGGGCACGAGAAGGCGGAGGCUGCGGCCGCUUCGAAGUCCGCCUGGUAGCCCCGCGGCGGCCCCGGGACGCGGUGGGACAGCGAGGCGCCCAGGGCGCCGGGAGGCGCCGGCGCGCCGGCGGCCCCCCGAGGCCCAUGUCGGAGCCGGGGGCUGGUGCUGGAGGCUCCCCGCUGGACGUGGCGGAGCCUGGCGGCCCGGGCUGGCUGCCCGAAAGUGACUGCGAGACGGUGACUUGCUGUCUCUUCUCGGAGCGGGACGCCGCCGGCGCGCCCCGCGACGCCGGUGAGCCCCUAGCCGGGGCGGCCCCGGAGCCGGCGGGCGGCGGGCGGAGUCGCGAAGCCCGCUCGCGCCUGCUGCUGCUGGAGCAGGAGCUCAAGACGGUCACGUACUCGCUGCUGAAGCGGCUCAAGGAGCGCUCGCUCGACACGCUGCUGGAGGCGGUGGAGUCCCGCGGCGGCGUGCCGGGCGGCUGCGUGCUGGUGCCGCGCGUCGACCUUCGCCUGGGCGGCCAGCCCGCGCCGCCGCAGCUGCUGCUCGGCCGCCUCUUCCGCUGGCCGGACCUGCAGCACGCCGUGGAGCUGAAGCCCCUGUGCGGCUGCCACAGCUUCGCCGCCGCGGCCGACGGCCCCACCGUGUGCUGCAACCCCUACCACUUCAGCCGGCUCUGCGGGCCAGAAUCACCACCACCCCCCUACUCUCGGCUGUCUCCUCGUGACGAGUACAAGCCACUGGAUCUAUCUGAUUCCACAUUGUCUUACACUGAAACGGAGGCCACCAACUCCCUCAUCACUGCGCCGGGUGAAUUCUCAGAUGCCAGCAUGUCUCCGGAUGCCACCAAGCCGAGCCACUGGUGCAGCGUGGCAUACUGGGAGCACCGGACGCGUGUGGGCCGCCUCUACGCGGUGUACGACCAGGCCGUCAGCAUCUUCUACGACCUACCUCAGGGCAGCGGCUUCUGCUUGGGCCAGCUCAACCUGGAACAGCGCAGCGAGUCGGUGCGUCGAACACGCAGCAAGAUUGGCUUCGGCAUCCUGCUCAGCAAGGAGCCCGAUGGCGUGUGGGCCUACAACAGGGGCGAGCAUCCCAUCUUCGUCAAUUCCCCGACGCUGGACGCUCCCGGCGGCCGCGCCCUGGUCGUGCGCAAGGUGCCUCCUGGCUACUCCAUCAAGGUGUUCGACUUCGAGCGCUCCGGCCAGCUGCAGCACACGGCCGAGCCGGACGCGGCCGACGGCCCCUAUGACCCCAACAGCGUCCGCAUCAGCUUCGCCAAGGGCUGGGGGCCCUGCUACUCCCGGCAGUUCAUCACCUCCUGCCCCUGCUGGCUCGAGAUCCUCCUCAACAACCACAGAUAGCGGCGGCCCUGGAGGCGACGGCCCGGUGUGCAGGGGCAGCUGGAGGAGCCACCCCCAGCUGCCCCCCACAAGAGGGGCCAGUGCCCAGAGACACCGCCCCCGCAGACGACCCCUCCCCAAAUAUCAUCUACCUAGAUUUAAUAUAAAGUUUUAUAUAUUA